AUGGAUUGUGUUCAACCUAUACCACCAACAAACUCUUUAAAGAAGAAUAGCAGUAGCAACUUUAGCAGCAGUGUACCCGCCAUCAAGAAGGAUGACAACCAUCACUCCAAAGGCGUACCACUCUCAGUCUCUUCAUUGAGGUCUGCAUUGUACAAGGAGUACGAGCGAGAGGUGCCAUUCGUUCUGAAGCUUCAGUCAUACAGGAACAAAUACUUGGAUAAAUACUUUGGAUUCGCUAGUUAUUUGGGCGAGGAGGAGUUCUAUAUCCUCUCGAUGCCAAUGACGUUUUGGUUCUUGUCGAGAAUGCUAGCGGCAGAGCUGUGUAUUAUGCUGGCAAUGUCGAUCGCCACAGGCAACAUACUGAAGAACACGUUUUUGCUGCCGCGUCCACCAUACCCAGCGGUGUGGACCAACACAUCGCCACAGAUGGACCACGGCAUGCCCUCGACGCACACCUCCUCCUCGCUGUCGCUGCAGUUCUACUACUUCCUGUUCUUCUAUCACAUCUUGCCGGUGCAGAACCCCUUCAUCCCCUACCCCGUCGCGCUGAUCCUCGUUGUGACCAGCAUAGUCAGCGUCAUGGUGAGCCGCGUGUACAACGGCCACCACACGCCAAUGGACGUCGCAGGCGGCUUCAUCAUUGGAUCGCUGACCAUUGCGAUAUUCACAUUCUACCGACACGUCUAUGUCGGCUUGCUUCUCAACGGCAGCUGGGCCGUGCCCAUGUGUGGCUUCUUGCUCUGCUGCAUCGUCCUGCUGCUGCAUCCACAGCCCAAGGUACCAUCACCUGCCUACCCAGAGUCUGGUCUGGUCACUGGUACAGCAUUCGGAGCAUUCUUUGCCACCUGGAUCAACUCCAACACUCGUGUUCCCCAAUUCUUCCAAGAGUAUGCUGGUUCUCAAUAUGGUUUCCUAAAGGAUCAUCUUUAUAUCUUGGCUCUUGUUAGAUUGGUAUUCUGUGUUGUCGUUGUUUUGAUUGCCAAGACAUUGUCAAAGAAGUUAUAUUACAUAGUGUAUUCGAGCGUGGCGUCGACGCCAAAGAAGAAGGCGAUAGUGACGCCAACGGUGGAGGCAUUUGGAAAGCUGUUCACGUACACCUGUGUUGGUGCCACAGUCAUUCUCAUGCCAGCUCUGUUGCUGUCGUGCAACAUCCAAACUCCCUUCGAGUGGGAGACAUAUCGAACCGAGCUAGCAGCAUACAACCAGCUGGCAUCAGCCACCACCAUUUGA